AUGCCAACUAUUUCGAAUAAUGGAACUAAUGAUGAAAUUAGAGUGAUUUCUGCGUUGGCCAUUUCAAGUUGUUUUCUACCGAGCAGAACACCGACUACUAUUAAUGUGCUUACGCCAUCCGAUAUAAAAAACCAGCCAAAAAGACAUUUCAUAGUUUGCCAGAGUGAACGAAUUGAUAAUAAG